GCCCCGCCUCUUCCGUUUUUCGGGCCUGACCUUCCUGUGUUGGGCCGUCCGGCUAAGCCGACAUUGAAGGUGUACUCGCGAUUCGGCCCGACGCACUUCACUCUCGCGACAUAAUGGUGGCGUACUGGCGACAGGCCGGACUCAGCUACAUCCGAUACUCCCAGAUCUGUGCAAAAGCAGUGAGAGAUGCACUGAAGACAGAAUUCAAAGCAAAUGCUGAGAAGACUGCUGGCAGCAAUGUGAAAAUUGUGAAAGUGAAAAAGGAAUGAACUACCCUGCAUGAAAUGCUACAUUUCCAAGGUGAAGAUGUGUGGGCAUAUGCUAUGGCAGAUUGAAAACAAUCUCACAUGAUGGAAAAAAAAUACCUGUCUUGUUCAUAAAUUGACAGUGUCAAUAAACUGAAGUAUGCUUCACUCUUAC